AGAGGAACAACAUUGCGCAUGCGUACACCACGUACACCGAUGCAUCGAGCUCUAGGCUGGAUGCUAGCUAGCUAGCAGUCUGUUAGGUCUUUCACAUUACUGGGUCUGAAGGGGGACACGCAGCGGUGGAGAAGAAGGGCGACUUUUGCGCCGCUACGAAAUGGCCGGACAGCAGUUCCAGUACGAUGACAGCGGCAACACUUUUUUCUAUUUUCUUACGUCCUUCGUCGGACUUAUUGUGAUCCCGGCUACAUAUUACCUCUGGCCGCGGGAUCAGAAUGCUGAACAGCUGCGGCUGAAGAGCCUGCGGAGGGUACAUGGCAGGUGCCUGUGGUAUCGGCUCAGGCUGAUGAAGUCACAGCAAAGCAUCGUCCCAACACUAAAGAAAGCAGCCUUGCUGUUUGGGUGGGUUGUGUUCCUGCUGCUAGCCUACAAGGUCUCCAAACUGGACCGGGAGUACCAGGAGUACAAUCCAUAUGAAGUUCUCAACCUAGACCCGGGUGCAUCGGUGUCAGAAAUUAAGAAGCAAUACCGUAUACUGUCUCUCAAGCACCACCCUGACAAAGGUGGUGAUGAGGCCACAUUCAUGAGAAUUGCCAAAGCCUACGCUGCUUUAACCAAUGAACAAUCUCGACUAAACUGGGAAACAUACGGUAACCCAGACGGUCCGGGGGCCACCAGUUUUGGUAUUGCUCUUCCUGCCUGGAUUGUUGACCAGAAGAACUCCAUGCUGGUGCUGUUGGUGUACGGUCUUGCCUUUAUGGUCAUCCUUCCUGUUGUUGUGGGCACAUGGUGGUACCGCUCCAUCAGAUACAGUGGAGACCAGAUCCUCAUCAGCACCACCCAGCUUUUUAUGCAUUUUAUGUACAAGACACCCAACAUGAAUAUGAAGCGAUUAACCAUGGUGUUAACAGCAGCGUUUGAGUUUGAUCCUCGCAGCAAUAAAGAAGCCACCAUCAGACCCACAGACAAUGUUGAAGUGCCACAGUUGAUCCGUGAACUAGGAAAUAUCAAUGUGAAGAAGAAGGAGCCCCCAUUUUGUUAUCCUUACAGUUUGAAAGCCAGAGUGUUGGUGCUGUCUCACCUGGCCCGCAUGGAAGUGUCAGAGGAGUUGGAGGAAGAUCAAAGAUUUGUGGUGAGGAAGAGUCCAGCUCUCCUUCAGGAGAUGAUCAACGUGGGCUGCCAGCUGACCAUGAUGGCCAACAGCCGAGGAGGUUUCCACGCUCCUCGGCUGACAAGCAUCGAGAACUGCAUGAAGCUGACCCAAAUGAUAGUUCAGGGUCUGCAGGAGUCAAAGUCACCACUGCUACAGCUACCUCAUUUUGAAGAGGAGCAUCUUCGUUUCUGCAUUUCUAAAAAAUAUAAGGUGCGAACCCUACAGGACCUGGUGAGUCUGAAGGACUCUGACAGACGCAGCAUGAUGCGCUUCUUGGGGGAGGAGAAGUAUGAUGAGGUCAUGGCAGUGCUGGGCAGCUUCCCUCACAUCACUAUGGACAUCAAGCUGCAGGUCCUUGAUGAUGAGGACAGCAAUAACAUCACAGCAGGCUCUAUUGUCACUGUAACUGUUACCUUAAGCAGAAAGCGAAUGGUGGAUAUGUUUGAAAAAGAGCAGGAAUCAACACCGUGUCCUGGAGAGGAGGUUGCCAACACAGACGAUGCAGGAGAUGCGAGUAAAGCUAAAGCCAAAGUGUGGCAGAACAAAAAUAAAGGGGCUAAGAAGACAGCCAAGUCCAAGAAGAAGAAAUUAACCAAGAAGAAGGCCACUCCCGCUCCUGCUAAAACCAAGCAAGCCAAUGGCAGUGUGACAGGAGAAGGCACUGCUAACCCGUCAGGAGUGCUAAAGGAGGAAGAGGACGAAGCUUCAGACAAAGGCAGCGAGUCCGACGAGGGAGAGGCCAACAAGGACUCUCCGAGCGAGAGAGACGAAGACAGCGAUAAACAAAGCGACACCGAGGUGGAUGAGGUGGCUGGCGACGACGAGGAGGAGUGGGAGGCCUUACAGCAAAGCAUCCAGCGGCGAGAGCGGGCACUGCUAGAAACCAAAUCGAAGCUGACGCAUCCCGCCUACAGCCUCUACUUUCCCGAGGAGAAGCAAGAGUGGUGGUGGUUGUACAUCGCAGACCGCAAAGACCAGACCCUUGUCUCCAUGCCGUACCAUGUCUGCACACUAAAAGACAUGGAAGAGGUGGAGCUCAAGUUUCCAGCCCCUUCUAAAACGGGGAACUACCAGUACUCUGUCAUCCUCCGUUCUGACUCCUACAUGGGGCUGGACCAGAUCAAACCACUUAAAUUGGAGGUCCACGAAGCCAAGGCCGUGAUGGACAACCACCCGCAGUGGGACAUCCCCGACACGGAGGAGGAGGAUGAGGAGCAGGAGGACAGCGACGGCAUCGAGGAGAGCGACGACGAGGACGAGGACAACGACUGAAUGUGUCGAGACGAGCACGCUGGGCCCCUCUCUCGCUCUCCCCCUCCUCCCUCCCAACCCAGGACCGGCCACCUAUCCACUAGUGAUGAGGAGAAGCAAAGCUGUGCCUGCCAUAAACACAAACAAAAGAAAUCACUGGGACAGUUUCUACACACGAGUCCUCCACCUCUCCUACAAACUGUGACAUCCCCCCUCCAUGCCCCAAAUGCCCCUUUUUACAGAGACUUGUUCAUUCACUGUCUGCUGCUGGUGGAAGUGAAUUCUGUGAAUACUAACAGGCCUGAGUGCGUGUGUGUGCGCGCGCGCGUGUGUGUGUGUGUGUACAGAUGUGAGAGAUGAACACACUUGGGACUGGAGGACCUAUUAUUAUUAUAAUAUGGGCUCUUUUCUUCUUCUCAAAGGGAGGAGAGAGGAUAACGUAUCAGCUAAUUCCUUUUGCGAAACUAAUACAAACACAAGACCUUCGUGUGGAACUAUCACGCUUGCUCCAGUUUUUUACAAAUCACUCUGCGUCACCGUUUUCCACACCAAUAAUACUUAGUUGUGAACCUAAUCUGCAGAGGUGUGAGCUUUAGCCUCCUUUUGUCCGGGAACAGUGGAGUUAACUGUUAAAGAAAUGUUCUCCUUCCACCGCAUGGGGGGCACAGUUUGUUUGUUUUACUUUCUUUUUUUUCCAAAACGUUAUACCUGCCAUUCACUUGUACAAACAGUUUAUUCGCUGUACGUGGAAGGAAAUGUCCACAGAAAGAUCCAGGACUUUAUAGUUCCAUAGUUCCAUUAAUGACCAUUCUGUCCCUGAACCAAUGAUUUUUUUUCAAUGCUGGCCUCAGUUGUAAAGUUGAAGAGUGGACAAAACCUGCAGUGUUAAGCUAUGUUUUCAUACAGCACAUUUAAUUUGUAAGUCUGCAGUCUUUUAUUUUUAAAGGACUGAGAUACUGAUGUACAAAUGUGCAUCUGUGUAGAUUUUCUCAAAGUUUAGGCUUUUUUUUCUCAUUUGUAGUACAUUCCAGUAAAUAAUCAAUGUCUAUGUCUAAGGCCUUAUGAACCCCCCCACCCCCCCAGAAAAAACAAAUAAAAUAAAAAAACCAUGACAAGCCCUCUGGCAAAGAUUUUAGUUUUAUUUUUUUCCCUAAUAAUUUGUAGUGUUUUUCAGUUUGGCAUCUGCCUGUAUUCAAUUGUGGAGUGAUUUCAUCCACUUCCCCAUCUGAAAAGGGUAUUUUUUCAGUUUUAUCUGAAAUGUGACAAUGUUGUAGAGCUUUCAGCGUGAGGUCCCUAAGCUCAAACAAAGACCUGCUGAAAGUAACUUUUACUUUCAGACUAACCGUACCUUCUUUAGCACCUUUUCUUCCAAAUCAUUAUAAAGCAGAUUAAGCUUUUUAUGAUGAAAACCUGGAAGACUUUAUUGUUUUUUUAUUAUUAUUUGGGGAAGCAAACAAACCUUUCAUUUAAAACUUUUUUUUUUUUGGUCUUCAUUAAGAUUUUAUAAGGAACAUGACCUGUUUAAUUGCAUCUAACCUUUGCGUUUGUGUUGUGGGAAGAAAACAAAUUUGGAUAUUCUGGGUUCUCACAGCCUGCGUUGAGGCAGUUUCUUUAUUUUUUAUUUUUUGUUUUACAAGGAAUGUGUAAUCUAUCACAACAAAUAUACAUACAUGAACUUCAUUUUUUUACAGUGCAUAGUAGUGUCAUGUUAGUGUGCGAGAGAUCAAAUUUGAAUAUUCUAGGGCCUGCUCUCCUACCAGCUCACAGGCACAAACUGUAUCCUCCUGUAACGGUUCAAAGCAGGUGUAUGCUAACAGUUAUUCAUUGUAUUCUGAGUAUUUACCACUCUGUAACAGAAUGUAGCAUCAGUGAUUCACACUGAGCAGAGAGAAGGACGGGGGGGCUGCAGCGAGGUUAGAUAGGACACCAUCCCUCCCAUUACGGAACCUGAUCUGGAUGACCGGUCAGCAGACCGCCUCGUCCCGGACAAACGACAACCCAAAUGACUAUCGAUCUGCCACUUUUGUUUACAAAGGAACUGUCAUUGUAAAUGGGGAAAAAAAUAAAUAUAUUAUUUGUAUUUAAAAUCAUUUCAAAUAAAAAAACUUUUAAAUGA